GGCUGGAAAAGUUUGAGGGCUGGUACCUGCACAGCCGGGACUACAAGAGCCCACACUCCUUUGCGGGGAAGCAGGUGGUCGUGGUUGGCACCGGGAAUUCAGGCGUCGACAUUACUGUGGAGCUCAGCCACGCAGCCAAGCAGGUCUUCCUCAGCACCAAGCGCGGGACGUGGGUGCUGCACCGGGUGGCAGAGGGCGGCUACCCAUUCGACAUCUCCUACCUCACCCGCUCCAUGCAGCUCCUCUACAGCCUGCUGCCUCGCAAUGCCCUCAGCUUCCUCCUGGAGAGGAGGCUGAACGCCCGCUUCAACCACGCACUCUACAGCCUGCAGCCCCAGCACCGGGUCCUGGAUCAGCACCUGACCAUCAAUGACGACCUGCCCAACCGCAUCAUCUCGGGUAGGGUGGUGGUGAAGCCAAACAUCCAGGAGUUCACAGAGACAUCUGCCAUCUUUGAGGACGGCACCAGAGAAGAGAUCGACGCUGUGGUCUUUGCCACAGGAUACAGCUUCUCCUUCCCCUUCCUCGAGGGCUGUGUGAAGGUGGUGGAGAACCAGAUCCCCCUCUACAAAUUCAUGUUUCCACCUGACCUGGAGAAGCCCACGCUGGCUUUCAUUGGCUUCGUUCAGCCUGCAGGUCCCCUCAUGCCCAUUUCUGAGCUCCAGUGUCGCUGGGCCACUCGUAUCUUCAAGGGGUUGCACAUCCUGCCGCCUCCUGCCAACAUGCUGGCUGACAUUGCGCAGGCCAAGGAGAACAUGGCCAAGCGGUACGUGAAGAGCCAGCGCCACACCAUCCAGGUGGAUUACAUCCCCUACAUGGAUGAGCUUGCCUCCCAGGUGGGGGUCAAGCCCAACCUGCUCGCCCUCUUCCUCACGGACCCCAGGCUGGCGCUGGAGGUGUUCUUCGGGCCCUGCACGCCGUACCAGUACCGCCUGCGGGGCCCCGGCCACUGGGCGGGUGCCCGGGAGGCCAUCCUCACCCAGCAGCAGCGAGUGGUCAAGCCCCUGGAAACCAGAGCCAGGGACCGUCACACCUGCUCUGACACCAUGCCCCACAUCUUCAUGGUUUUCUUCAGCAUUG